GGGAUGGGAUGUUAUGGCACAAUGUGAGGGGGGAACAUUGAGUCUCCUGGAGCUGAGCAGCGUCCCGGCAUUAAGAGCGGAGGGUCCGGAUGCAGCCGAGCACCAUCCCCACGACGUGCCCGGCGCUGGAGGUGAUGCACGGAGCUGUGAGAGCCCCAGAGCAGAGCUGAGGAUGGGGCACGAUUCUGCCGCUGCAUCAACGGAAACCGUCUGCACCACCUGGAGGCUGCUGCUGCUGCUGGGGGCCGUGGGGCUGCUGUUGGCAGCGGUGGCCGGGGCCUGGCUGCUGGGGCAGCACCUCGGGGGUCCAGAGCCGCACCAGGGCUUGGCCAAACCACAGGCAUUAGAUCCGGUGACAGCGUGCAGAGAGGGCGAGGAGGAGGAGCCUGUGGUCCGCGGGGCGCCUGGAGGAGUGUCUUUCAGGAUCCAGGCAGGUUCCUCCCUGCUGGCGGUGCGGCCGCAGGGCCGGUCCCGGUGGCUGCUGGUCUGCAACGAGCGCUGGAGACCCGCGAUGGGCACCCGGCUGUGCCGGCAGCUCGGGGCGCUCAGGUGGGUGCGGGUGGGAUGGGGGCAGAGCAGCGGCCCGACCCUCCGCGCGCCGCCGCUGUUGGUUCCGCAGAGCGAUGCAUCAGAAGGGGGUGAACCUGACGGACGUGAGGGUGGAGGACGGGCAGGAGUUCGCCCAGGUGGGGUCCAGCCUGGAGGACGCGUGGCAGAUCCGGAGCGGCUGCGAGUCGGGCCGUGUCGUGGCGCUGCAGUGCUCAGGUGGGUGCCCCCUCUUUGCAUCACCCGUGACCUCCGGGCCCUCGUGCCCGCUGAGCCCGCUCCUCCUGCAGCCUGCGGGCAGCGCUCUGCGCCCGGGAGCCGCGUGGUGGGGGGGGUGGAUGCUGCCCCCGGGCGCUGGCCAUGGCAGGUGAGUGUCAGCCACGGCUCCCGGCACCGCUGCGGCGGCUCCGUGCUGGCACCGCGAUGGAUCGUCACCGCCGCCCAUUGCGUGCACAGGUACCGGCUGCCCCGAGCACGGGGGGCUCAGGGUCUGAGCUGGGGGCUCCGGGCUGCCCUGGGGGCUCUUCUGUGUCCCCUCAGCUACCGGCGGAGCGCGUCGGGCUGGAUGGUUCGUGCUGGUGUCACUCGCGGCUCAGCCAAGCAGGAGGCCGGGCUGCCCGUGGAGAGGGUUAUUUCUCACCCGCUGUACAACGAUAACAGCAUGGACUACGACAUCGCGCUGAUGAAGCUGAGAGUUCCCUUGAAUUUCUCAGACACCAUUGGAGCUCUGUGCCUGCUGCCCUCCCAUCAGGACCUGCUCCCUGGCACGCCGUGCUGGGUGUCGGGCUGGGGCUACACCAGGCCCGACCAGGCACAGCUCACCGAGAUGCUGAAGGAAGCCCUGGUGCCCUUGAUCAGCACCCAGAGGUGCAACAGCUCGUGCAUGUACGCAGGAGAGCUCACGGCCAGGAUGCUGUGUGCCGGGUACCCGCAGGGCAAGAUCGAUGCCUGCCAGGGUGACAGCGGGGGCCCCUUGGUCUGCCAGGACGAGCUGGCGUGGCGCUUGGUGGGCAUCGUCAGCUGGGGACGGGGCUGCGCUGAACCCAACCACCCCGGGGUUUAUACCAACGUGGCUCAGCUCCUGCCCUGGAUCUACCACAUCACCGAGAUCUACUAGAAGCAAGGAGGAACCUCCCAUAGAGACACACAGCCCAAUGCUCAUCUAAGUGAAGAAAAGGCCGGGUCUAAUUAAUUCCCACUGUUCCUACAACCCCUAAAAGAACAGCCCCGGACAGCACCACAUGGCCAGUAUAAAUAGUUUAUUAAAGAAAAUAGCAAACUGCAUUUCUGUGAAUGACACGGGAGAAGAGGCAUUUGCUCUUUGUUUCUUACUGAUUGCUCUAUGUGUGAAAGGACAAGGGCUCCCCAGGGGUGCGGGAACGUUCUGAGCCCUUGGCUGAAUUGCUUAGAGGGGAAAUAAUACACAAGUAAAAAGGAGAAGCUGCAGGUCCAAGUGAUGCCUGCCAUCCCUGCAGGCUGGAUGCAGUGUGAGCUGCUGAAUUCUGCAGCCAUGGGCAGGAAUGCAAAGAGAAAUCAGAUUGAAAUCCAAAGGAUACAAUGGUAUUACAAUAUUUAGCUCUCUAAGUUUGGUCUGCAAGCAUCACAUGGUUGGAAACAGUUUGUGUGCAGCAAGUGGUGCAUCAUGGCCUCGGGGUGAUGGUUCAAUAACAGCUAUUGAUGAGUUUUCCAAUUAAAAUAAGUGUGUGUUUCUCAAAGUGUGGCCUUCUGUGAAAUAAAAGCCAAUGUUACGA